AUGUCAGUUCAAGAGUUUACAACACUAUCUGAUUUUCUUUUCGUAACUAUUUCCAUUUUUUAUAUCUAUCUAUAUAUCUAUCUCAGUGUGUCCAUAUCUAUCUAUCUAUCUAUCUAUCUAUCUAUCUAUCUAUCUUUACAACACUAUCUCUCUGAUUUUCUUUUCGUAACUAUUUCCAUUUUUUAUAUCGAUCUAUAUAUCUAUCUCAGUGUGUCCAUAUCUAUCUAUCUAUCUAUCUAUCUAUCUAUCUAUCACGCAACUGCAAGUAACUUCUUCUUCUUCCGUCCUGCAACUCUUCUCGCCAAGGUCCGAACUCUUUCUCUGCCGUCUGAGCUCUUCUGCCUAUCUGGCCUGCAAUUCUUCGGUCUGUCUGGCCUGCAAUUCUGCUCCAACUUCUCUGCGGCUUUCUUCUCUUCGACUUGGCUGCAACUUCUCUGCCUGUCCGGGCCAAACAUACAAGGGGCGAAUGAACAGUAUUUUCAUAUCUAUCUAUCUAUCUAUCUAUCUAUCUAUCUAUCAAUCUAUCUAUCUAUCUCAGUCUGUUCUUAUCUAUCUAGUUUGAGUCAUCAUAUAUAUCUAUUUCCGUCUAUACAUAUCUAUCUAUCUAUCUAUCUAUCUAUCUCAUCAUAUCUAUCUAUCUAUCUAUCUAUCUAUCUAUCUAUCUAUCUAUCUAUCUAUCUAUCUAUCUAUCUAUCUAUCUCAGUCUGGGUCAUAUCUAUUUAUACUAGUCAAUUCAUAUCUAUCUAUCUAUCUAUCUCAGUCUGUUUCUAUCUAUCUAUCUAUCUAUCUAUCUAUCUAUCUAUCUAUCUAUCUAUCUAUCUAUCUAUCUCAGUCUGGUCAUAUCUAUCUAUACUAGUCAAUUCAUAUCUAUCUAUCUAUCUAUCUAUCUAUCUAUCUAUCUAUCUAUCUAUCUAUCUCAGUCUGUUUCUAUCUAUCUAUCUAUCUAUCUAUCUAUCUAUCUAUCUAUCUAUCUAUCUGUUGAUUAUGUUAGCGCUUAUAAUCUAUCUCAGUCUGGUCAUAUCUAUCUAUUCUAGUCAAUUCAUAUCUAUCUAUCUAUCUAUCUAUCUAUCUAUCUAUCUAUCUAUCUAUCUAUCUAUCUAUCUGGUCAUAUCUAUCUAUCUAUCUAUCUAUCUAUCUAUCUAUCUAUCUAUCUAUCUAUCUAUCUAUCUCCGUCCGUCUGGUCAUACAUCCAUUCAUCCAUCCAUCUAUCUAUCUAUCUAUCUAUCCAUCUAUCUCAGUCUGGUCGUAUCUAUCCAUCCUAGUCAAUUCAUAUCUAUCUAUCUAUCUAUCAUCUAUCUAUCUAUCUAUCUAUUCAUCCAUCUAUCUAUCCAAUCUAUCUAUCUAUCUAUCUAUCUAUCUAUCUAUCUAUCUAUCUAUCUAUCUCAGUCUGGUCAUAUCUAUCUAUCCUAUCAAUUGGAUCUAUCAUAUCUAUCUAUCUAUCUAUCUCAUAUCUAUCUAUCUAUCUAUCUGGUCUAUCUAUCUAUCCUAGUCAAUUCAGAUCUAUCUAUCUAUCUAUCUAUCUAUCUAUCUAUCUAUCUAUCUAUCUAUCUGACUCUCUCAUUAAUUCUGUUACCCUGGUCGCUCACCCUUUCACAAUAA